AUUUGAAGAGUCUUACACUUCUCACUCCGAACCUAGAUUUGGUGUUAGGUAUAACCCUUUUGUUCGCAAAGCUUAUGAGAGCUAUAAUGAGAGUACACGUGAGAAGUGUGAAGAUUCAUAUUCUCAAUCUUGUAGUAAUUCUUAUCAAUGUCGAUAUAGUGUGAAUGGUUAUACUAACUCUAGUGAAGGUUGUCCAACGAGAAGAAGAGGGUAUGCAUCUCCAAAACUGAGAGGUACUCGUGUGCCUUAUAAUGUUGAUCCGAGAAGGAGUGCACACUCCAAAAAGGUGACCAUUUGUGGGAUACCGGGCUACCUCAUUGUGUUAAAUGAUAGGUACUAUAGAAACUACAUCCUUCCAUCGAUGGUUGACUACUUGGGGUUGUUUCGCGAGCUUUUACUUGUUACAUACUUCUUUAAGGUUACCAAAAGGGUCAAAGUUGUCUUCUCGCAAUUUGAAUACCACGAGGAGGUGUGGUGUGAUAUUCUUCCAUUGACAUUUGGUCAUGUAUGCUUAGGUGCCGAUUGGUUUGCACAACAUAGAGUUCCAAAUGUGCAAAAUUGGCCUAAUGUUGUAAGAGACCGUUGGGGAAAUCACCUCGAGACAUACAUGCUGCCCGAGCCGCAAAGAGAAGACAUUUGUGUAGGUACCAACAUGGCAAGUGAAGGAGAGCAAUACCGAAGUGAAGUUUCUUCCCAAGCUUGUGGAGGACCUUUACAACACGGCAAAGGAGAGUUGACUCAAGAACUUCAAGGUGCUUUAUGGAGCUGACUUGGAAACUGGAGUAUUUGUAGGUGGUUGGCUAAACACAACUAUCAAGUUGGCUCUUCUGACACAAAGUAUGUAAACUCAGGAUGGAACUUGAAUAAUUUUCCAAGGCUCCCAGGUUCUGUUCUUACAUAAGAGAGCAGCGAUAUAUCUGGUGUCUUGGUGCCUUGUCUCCAUAUAGGAAUGUGCUUUUCAUCGUUCUGUUGGGUAUGUGCCUAAUGAACUCCGUGGAGGAAUGAUGAGUUUAUCAAUCACUCCUUCAAAUGCCCCAUAUGUUGUUACUUUUGAUUCAGGCAUGUUCUGUUUUAACACAUGUAUUCUUUAAUCUAUUAUUCCAUCAAAAGAGAUCGUCUUCAUUAAUUAUAGUGGCACUUUAUUCCCAGUAAAACCAAUUUAAGGAUGUAGUGCUUGGACUAUAUCUAUGUGCUUGUUGCUUGGAAAUUUAUGGUUCUGGCUAUCCACAUCUUCUCAGUUAAGAUAAAAACAAUAUCGUUGCUUUUAUUAUAUAUUGAACUGCUGGAUAACUUUUUAAUUGAUUUUAUGGUGCCACAUGUCAAACUUCAUCUUGAGUUUCUUUUUUUGGUGCUCUGAAAUGACUAAUACAUUAGUGUUCCUAAAAUUUUGGCUUCGGUAGUUUGGAACUUACCCUGAUCAGAGAUUGUGAGGUCAGGCCUCGAGUUUCCUCUCUCCAGAUGUGUUUUUGUUAUGAUAAAAUACCCUCCUUUUCCCCAUAAAAGAAAAAGAUAAACAGAUGUCAAUAUACUUUGAAUUUUUUAGCUUUAACCAUAGGAUUGUCUUUCCUAAUAUUCCAUAUGAGGAGCCUGGAUGUUUCAAGAACAUAAGUAAAUAAAUAGGCGAUCACAGUGUUUUGGCAAAAUCCUAUUGUCAUAUUGAGAACACUAGACAUCUAUUUGCUCUAAUAUCAUAUUGAAUUGUGUGACCGUCGUAUCUAAAAAAUUAGAAAAUCAAGUUGUUAGAGGGAAUACACUUUUAAUUACAAAAUAAUAUAAUGUUUCUUCAACAGAUAAGUUGCCUGGUGUGACGUCUUUGAUACCUGCUAGCCCAACACAUCUUUUGAUUUGUCUUUUAGAAGGCUAAGGGCAAAGGAUCCUGGAAUAGUGUUUGUUACCGGAGUGUUAGAAUGUUUCAUUUUCUGUUUUGUUUCUAUCUGGAACCUUACGACGCUUGAUCUCUGUGCUCUUUUUGUCAAUAUCCUACACUGGGGAAAAGGAGGUGUCGGAACAAUAAAUCAAGUAAACUUAGCAUACACAGAGGUCAGUUGUCUACUUACAGACGGUAUUUUAGUGACUUUUGCCUUUUGAUUUUUCAAUCCCUCGCCCUAGCAUUCUCUAUUUUAUUAUGAAGUUUCGAAACCUAAAGAAACAUGCAGGAUUUAAAACAGCUUUUGCAACUAGCCGUACUUGAAACUAAUCAUAGAAUGGUCUUGAAAAAGGGACAAACUGAUAGCUGGUCAUGUUAUCACCUUCUCUUUAAGCUGUUUUGAACCUUGUGUAAGCCUGUCCAUUUUUUUUCCUUCGGCAGAAAUUAUUUUCUUCAGUUCUCCUUUAAUCUAUUAACUUCAUCCUUACUGGGUUCUGUAAAAGCUAGUGACAAUAGUUCUAAUUUAUAUUAUUUGUUCUCUUUUUAUAGGUGUCCAAAAUGAAGAAAGAGAUGAAGAAAGUGAUGAAGACAUUGACCUUACUUAACUAAUCAUUUGGUCUUAAAUUAAUAUUUUGC